AUCUAUUUAAUUUCUUCAUUCUUAGACUAAAUAAAUUCUCUUCAUUCACACUCUUGGCACUUGGCACCUCUCGUAAUUUUACAGUAGCCCACAAAAGGUAGCAAAAGCAAAAGCAAAUUAAAUGCAAAAAGUCUCCACCAAACUGUAGAUAUGCCAAAUCUACAUAUAAUAAUGCGUCAAUUUGCUUCAACUGCCCCAAAAUUGUUUUUUUCUUUAUGAUUUGGUGUCAGUUUUGAGUCCCCAGUAUUAUGCGAAAUUAGAACACCUAGACAAAGACAAACGAUUGCAAUUAGAUAUAAAAUUAGUUCUGCGAACGCCUGGGUGUAAGUGGUCAGCAGGAGGUAGCGGCGGUCGUUUUUUUUUAGUUUCACAUGUACGAUCGAUAUAUUUGAUAAAUUAAAAUGACCGCACCUAAAUUGUCAAGGCGAUUGUAUUCCUAGCGGUAGUAGUGAGUCCGAUGGACACCAGAUGAUAGGGCCGUAGGCAUGUAGAAUAUGAAUCGCAAUGGGAAAUAAACUGGUGACAUUUAGUGAACAGCAAUUAAUAAAUUAUCAGGACUGCACCUUUUUUACUAGGAAAGAAAUAUUGAGAGUUUAUAAAAAAUUUAGAGACAUGAAACCUGAUUUGGUACCGAAAACAAUGAAGAAAAGUGAAGCUUAUUCGGUUAAAGUUCCUGUCGAAUAUAUUGAAACACUUCCAGAAUUUCGGGAAAAUCCGUUUAAACGCAGAAUAUUUGAAGUGUUCUCGAGAGACGGAAAGGGUAAUUUGACAUUUGAGGACUUCUUGGAUAUGCUUUCAGUUUUCAGUGAAGCGGCACCACGUGAUAUUAAAGUGUUUUACGCCUUCCGUAUAUACGAUUUCGAUAAUGAUGACCAUAUAGGUCCAGAAGAUAUAGAUUCCGCACUUAAAUUGCUCACUGGACAAGAACUAACCGUAGAAGAGAGACAACAGAUUGUUGAAAAAGUAAUAGAAGAAUCUGAUGUCGAUGGUGACGGGAAACUUUCUUACAUGGAACUCGAACAUUGUAUAACGAGAGCUCCCGAUUUCUUGUCCACUUUCCAUAUACGCGUAUAAUGUGAAAAUUAGUUAAUUAGGGUAUGUUGUUUUGGGUAUUAAUAAAAACGUUUCG